UGGUGUAUCUGUCAAAAGAACUGUCAGAUGUGGUCCAAUGCAAACUUUAAUCGGUGAUAUCUCUUAUAUAUUAUUAAUUCUCGUUGAUUAUUUAUUAAGACUUAUAUAUUGGACGCUUAAAUGUGUUUUAUAUGUAUUAAAAGUAAUAAUACAUCAAUGUCUUGAAAGCAACAUGAUUCAAAAUACGAAAAAACAAAAGAGGGUACAAAAUGGUGAAGCUGAAACCGUUGCUAUAAGGGGCAUGAUUGAUGCAAAUUGGCGUAAACUAUUAUCAAGUAAUUUAGUAGACAAUACUAAAGAGGUCAUCCAAAAAGAGACUCACUACACUGGGACAUUUCGACGUGCUCGAAAGAAAAACAACAUGGAUUCUGUUAACACAAAUUUAGAAUCAAUGCAAUUGAAUUCAAUCCUAGCUGAUUCUAAUAAAACAAAAGACACCAUAAACAAUAGAACAGUUAAUAAAAAAGGUUCAUUAACAAAGUUUGUAGCUAUGGAUUGUGAGAUGGUCGGCAUAGGUUACAAUGGUGAGGAUCAUAUGCUUGCCAGAGUGUCAUUAGUAAAUAAAUUCGGGGAUUGUAUUUAUGAUAAAUAUGUGAAAGCAAGAGAAGAAGUCAAAGACUAUAGAACCGAAGUUAGUGGUAUUCGUAGAGAGAAUUUAAUCACCGGAGAAGAGUUUUCAGUAGUACAAAAAGAGGUUGCAGAAAUAUUAAGAGGAAGAAUACUAGUUGGUCAUUCUUUAAAGAAUGAUUUGAAUGUAUUAUUUCUAUCACAUCCGAAGACUAAAAUAAGAGAUACAUCUAAAUACAAACCAUUUAGAAAGAUGAAAAAAGGUAGUACACCUUCUUUAAAGUUUUUAGCUAAAGAAAUCCUUGGUAUAGACAUCCAGCGAGGGGAGCACAGCUCCGUUGAAGAUGCUAGAGCUGUUAUGCAACUUUAUUGUACUGUAGCCAAGACAUGGGAGAUGACGUUAAGCACUAAACGUACAUAUAGUAAGAAAGCUGAUGACUGAUAAGGUUUGAACUUACAAUUGAACAGGUUUGAACUAACAAUUGAACUCUUAUACUACUGGAUAACCUCGAAACCUUCAUAAGCGAGAAUCAUUAGUGAAAAUACCUCUAUAAGCGAGAAACUGUUUUUUCUAUAUCAAGGUGUCAAACGAGCGAGCGGCCACAUGAAAUCGCUAAAAUAGCGAAGUGAAGUUUUUAUACAUUUAAAUUGAUUUGAGAGAAAUUGCGAGCGUACAAAGUCGAACACAGAAGGCGUGAAGUGGAAGCAAUUCCGCGCUUCGUCUGAUGAGUGUGUGUCCC